AUGGAGUUACAUGUAAGUCACAAAGCUGAGUGUUAUGGUUCAAUAAGUUCAGGAAUUAUAGCUUUUGACCAGCCACGGAGUUCUGGAAUUAUACCUUUUGAGAAGCCACGAUUUGAUUAUGAUGUUCCAUAUAAAAUUAAGGAACCGUUGAAGUCUGCUCACUGGUUACAUCUUUUUGAGGGAGUUGAACAGUUGUUCCCGGGAGGUGUUCAACAAAUUCGUUGUGAUAUACAAAAGUAUCACGCAGCAUCCGGUUAUGAAUUCAAGAUUUACAGGAAUGAGAAGUUAAGGAUUGGUGCAUGUUGUGCUAAUAAGAAAGAGGAGAAAUGUAAUUGGCAUUUAUAUGUUGUGUCUGUUGAUGGUGUUGUAGGAAGUCCUUUUAUUAUCAAGGAACUAGAUAAUCAUCAUGCUUGUUUUAAGAGAGAAUACGACUUUGACAUUAGUCGUUAUUAUGCAUACUCAGGGAAAAAGCAUGCACUGAAUACCACAUGGGGAGAGAACGAGAAAUCUUUUAUGUUCUUGAACUGGUAUAAAAACAAGUUGAUUGAAACCAAUCAUGGUUCUCAUGUCGUUUUGGAAGUUGAAGAAGGGACUCAAAAAUUUCAGAGAAUGUUUAUCUGUUUUGAAGCUUGUAGUCGCAGAUUCAAUUUCUGUCGUCCUGUAUUAUUCGUUGAUGUGGACCACUUGAAAAGCAAAUACCUUGGUCAUAUGAUGGCAGCAAAAGGUCUAACCGGGAAUGACGAAAUCUACCCUCUUGCUUAUGUUGUGGUUUCAUCGGAGAAUGAACCGAAAUGGAAAUGGUUUUUGGAAAAUUUGAAGGAAGUCCUUUCUCCUUUGCGACUAAAGCUUACUUUUGUGAGUGAUCAAGGUAUUGGAUUGGUAACUCAAAUUCCUGUUGUAUUUCCUGAGGCUUUUCAUCCUUGGUGUUACUGGCACAUGGAAUGCAAUAUCAAUACAUUCUUAGCAAAGAAUUGCAAGGUUUAUAACAAAUAUGUAUUGGGACUGUUUAAGAAAUGUGCGUAUGCUUCUACUCAUAAAGAAUUUGCAGAGAAUUGGGAAAAGUUGAGGAAGGUUGAAAAUCAUAAGUUUCAAGGCUAUCUAAGCAGGGCUCCUGUUGAUAAGUGGGAGAGUUUUUUCUUCAAGGGUAGACGAUAUGGUAGGUUGUGUUCAAAUAUUGCUGAGAGUUUCAAUGGUUCGGUCGUUGAAGAGAGAGAGAAUCCUAUAGCCAUCAUGGUUGAUGAGAUCAGGGUGAAGCUUAUGGACCAAAUGUGUAAACGUCGCGAGGACUCUUCAAACUUGAUGAAUUGGCGUCAAACUCUAUGUCCAGAAUAUGAAGCUCUGCUCCACGACAACAAGAUGCAUGGCUAUCCUUACAAGUAUGUUGAACACUACUUUACAGUAAAGUUCUAUCGAGAAUCAUAUAAACAUGCAAUCAAUCCUGUUCCCACAGUUGAAAAGCCCGUGACAGUGUCUUCGAAAUCGAUGGUUUUUGGUCAGAAUAAUGGACCACGGCCAGCACGUCCAUCGAAGAAGAAGAGGAUUCCUAAUACAGCUUCAGUUCUCAAUAAAAAGAUGAGAACCUGUGGUUCCUGCAAGGUUUUGACCACCCACAAUAAACGGACAUGCCCUUCUCGUCAGAUUCCAUGA